UGUGUGAAAACAGACGACGCGUUGUUUUGUUUUUACUUUCUCUCGAGCCUUCAAUGAAGUGUCGAAGUGUCAGUUGCUGCCGCGUGCUGUUGUCUUUUGUUGUCUUACUAGUUGUAUGUUAAUAACAUUAAAAUAUAAUGUAUUAUUUUUCGUACAUGUUGUUAUUUCUUAUGGUAUUUCUAGAUUUUUCCGAAGAACAACAACAUGUUAAUUGGUUUGAAAAUUUGCCAGCAGUUGCGAUGGAUUACAAAGUUCAUAUAGAUCCUGGUAAAGAAGAUUGCUACUUUCAAUAUGUGAAUCCUGGUGCUACGUUCUACGUUAGUUUUCAGGUGCUACGAGGAGGUGAUGGCAUGGCAGGGUUUGCGGUGAGACAUCCCAAUGGCCAGAUCGUUCACCCAUACCAGUGGCGGGCACACUCUGACUACCAGGACCACCAGUCCACCGGUGGCUACUACAGUGUGUGUAUCGACAAUCAGUUCUCACGUUUUGCUGACAAACUGGUCAAUCUAUAUAUUUCCGUUUUAAGAUAUGACCAAUGGGACCAGUACACAAAAGGAGAGAUGACGGAGCUCAAUGUUAGCGUUGAGAAUUUCACAUCAGCGAUAAUGACGGUGGAACGGAACAUCAACGAGAUGCUGCAACAUCAGAACCACCUGCGGGGUACUGAAGCCAGAGACUACAACCUGAUCUCAGAUAACAACAACUACGUGCUCAACUGGUCUCUGGUUCAGAUCAUGGUGAUAGUUGGCACCACUGUGCUGCAGGUGCACUUUGUCCGACGACUCUUCGAGGUUAAGCCCGGCAAGCCGCGUGUGUAGACCACGUAAGAUUUGGCACAUACUCGCAAAAAAUAGUACUCACUUGGAAAUCCUGAUUUCUUUGUAACUUCUGUGAUCAUAACACAGUACUCAAGUACUGUUAUGAUUCAAGUUGGAUUUAAAAUCCGAAGUACUUUGUCAUUUGAAUUGAUUUGAUCAGCAGUUAUAGUUAUAUGAGAAUAUAAAAUGAUUAUGGAUACAACGAUGUACGUAAUUAAACAUGCAUUUUUAUUUGCCAGUUUUGUAAUGUUAAAACCACAGAAAAAAAAACCAUGUCUACUUAUUGAACAGAUAGAACUAAAAUAUUGUAUUCAAUACUUAAAGAAAACACUGUGAAAUGUCAACAUGUUGUGUUGACUGUAAAAUAAUGUACAUAAUAUAUUUUAUGUAUUUUUGCGCAAUACGGUAGAUAUUUUCUAUGCCUAAAGGCUGAUAUUAGACGGUAAAACGCAAAAAGAUGUCCACCAUCCCACCAUUGAAUAGUCAUGACUUGCGGAAGUGGCUUGUUUGUUUUCGAUAGUUCUUUGGAACUCAGAAAAAGACUUGAAUCUCAUUGUUAUUGAUAGGUUGUAAAAAUUGUUUGUUGGACCAUAAUAUUUGUAGGUUGUUGGGAUAAUUUUAGUUGUAUAUUACACUGUAUUAGUGUUUGUAAUUGUUGGAGAACCGUGAUAAUAGUGUUUUCAAGUUUUGGAUAUCAUUAUAAAGUGCAAUUUAUCUUAGUUUCUUUUUUACUGUCUAUACUUUUUAAGUGUCUUGGUUGCAUUACAAAACAAAACACCAGCUUCUCUGGGAAUGAUGUUACAAUCACAGGGUAUCAUUUUUGUUUAUUGUGUAGUUUGUUAAGUUUUAGUUUUUCAUAAUAAGUGUAGAGAUAAAAUUACAGUUUUCAUUUUCACUUCAUAUUAUUUUUAACUUUGAAGACUGUACUAAUAUUAAACCAGUGCCAGACAGUAACAGAACCAUUGUUAUAGUGGCUUUACACUUAAUUAAAAUUCACUUUAAACUUAAAACUUAAAAUUCCUAAAUUUAUAAAGUCUUAGGUGGCCACGCUUUCUUUGUUAAACAUACAAUAAAUAAAAAUCCUCCUUUGUUUUAAAUCAAGUUUUAAAACUGUACAUGUUUGUAAGUUUUAGACUUAUUUUGAUUUCUCAGGUGAAAAUCUAGUAGAUUUACUAUUUGUGGAAUGUGGAAAAUGUUAGUCCCAUAAUAUUUUAAUCAUGGUCAAUCACAUUGUCUAAUUACAAACAACACAGUUUAUACUGCUGUUUUGUCAUGUAACAUUUUAUUUUUCUCCCUAAAUGUAUUUCUAAACAAUUUAUUAAUGUUUACAUUCCACAUUUCCCUCCAUUCCAUUUUCAUAUUUUUUCUUUCAUUAUUCUUGUAAUUGAAAUCAAAUUCCAAGUGAUUGAACCAUGUAUAAAAGGUACACUUGUUUUUAUCAAUAAUUUUGUUUUUAAUCUGUCCUGCUUUUUUACUACGCAGUUGGCAGUAAAAUGUAAUAGUUAUGUUUUUAUUUAUUUGAAUAGUAACUCAAGUAAAUUUUAAGUAUUUUUUCUAAUUUUGGUGUAAUUUAUUAAUAUUUUUAAAUAUCUUGUGUGAAAACAAGAGUUCUGAUGCUUUUUGAUGUUAUAAUGUCGUAGGUUAAUACAUUUUCUAGCCUCGUGCUUCCAGAUCUAUAACUGAUCAUGAAUACCGUGGAUGAACAGCAGAAUUGUUAAAUAACAAAAUAAUGUUAGAAUUUAUUGAACUGUGACAUGCCAAAGUUCUGCAAGUUCCCCUCCCACCUGUCCACACUAACCGUCAGUGUUCCAUUCUCUGGCAUACAAUGCGUACUAGACAUUGUAAAACAUUCAUUGUAUGUUAAAGUAAACCUAUGCUUCCAACACUGUAAUGAAUGACUGGAAACAUACCUGCAGUAGGAAUUGGUAUCAGCACCAACAAAAUAUUGGUUGGAUACUUUCUGAACCAGUAGGGAAAGAUUGCAAUCUAAUCGAAAAUUUCUAAAUAUAUGUACUUUGGUCUGUUUUGAUGUGUUCCUUAGAAUCAGUGGACUCUGAAAGGAAAUUUUCAAAGUAAACCUGCUGAUUUUCCUAUACAUUAGCAAUAAUCCUUGGCUUUCAGACCUACAUUUCAAAAUAUUGCAAUGAUUGGAUUUAUCCCAAAAAGUCUAUUUUUUAAUUCUAAAUCGACUCAGUAUAUAGGAUGUAUACAUUGGUAUAGAAAGAUUGUUGUGUAUCGUUUAUAGUGUAAUGUAUUGACUGUGAAAAAUAUUGUGUAAAUCAUUUCUCUCAAACUCUAAAUAGCUUGUGUCUGUCUCUUGUGUAACUUAAUAACAUUAAAUUUCUCUGCCAACAAUAAAAUUAAAGUAUUCUUUAUAAAGCUCUGCAUAUUUUGAGAUAAUAAAAGUAAUGCUAUAGAUGGAUUAUACCGAUAUGUUAUUACAAAUUUAUGUAGGUCAAGGCCAAAGGAUAAUGGAGGACAGUGUGAACAAUAAUAUUACAAAUUAUUAUUUUAGAAUAGAUUUUAGUAUUUGUUUUUUAAUUUUAAAAAGUAAAUCUUGUCUGAUGUGUCUGUUUUUAAUCGUUUAUGAAAGGACAUCUUUAAAAAUUUUGUGAAUGAUGCAAAUUUUAUGUAUUCAGAAAUAAAAUGUGCAUUUUGUUAAAGAAUUUACAAAUUACUUUGAAAGCUUGAUGAAUGAAAUUUGCAUAAGUGCAUUAAAUAGUCAAUCUCAAUCAAUCUACCGAAUGUUGGUGUCUCAUAUCAGAUCUUAGUGCAUUAAAAAGUUUUAUAUGAUUUUUAUUUACUAUUAUUUUUUAUUUUAUUUUAUUUAUAUCCAGUCACUUUACUUCAUUUUCAUUCAAUAUAUUCUAUCUACUUAAGCAAACCAGUAUUUAAAAAGUCCCUGUUAUCUUUUUAAGGGAAGCCCUUCUAUCUUUUGUAGUCCACUGCAAUUAUGUUGCAGUGAAAUUUAGGUAACGGAAUGGAAAAUAAUUAUUGGCUUACUUUUUAGAGCCAAACCUCUUAUUACUUCUAUUACACCUAUGUAAAUAAUAUAUAGAAAACCAUAUAUUAAUAUUAUUAUAGUUUAUAUUUUUCUAUGUUACAUGCAUUGUUUAUCAUGUAUUUGUAUUAAUGGAAUAAAUUAUGGCAUUUUUUUAA